GCAGGUGUCCAGUCCUGUCCAGUUGCAGCUUAGUUAGUCCCAGGGAAGGCCCACAUGUCCGGAGAGGGUCAGGACUUGCAUGGGAGAGUGUCCUGUCCGAACCCGCCGUCUAUCAGGGCGGAAUGGUGGGUCUGGUAGUGGGAGCGGCAGUGGACACCAUCGCGGAGAAGAAGCAAGACGUCUGUCUUCAAAAGCUAGCGGCGGAGGGAGAGAUGAGCACAGUAGCCAAAAAGGAGAGGAGGCGAAGCUCAACAAUGAGCUUGAAGAUUAUAUGAAGAGCAAACCUCCCAAGGAACAUGAUGCUCAGAAUGACAACGUUGAUGAGGAUGUUCCACCAGAGCGGGAGAUCGAUAUGCUUCCAGAUCUUGCUGAACAGGACACCCGUAUGGCAGAGGAUGCAAUCGAUCUGCCUGAAGAGACUGUUGGGGCUGUAGAAGUAGAGCCGGAAAGAAAUUUGUCUAUCGAGGGGUCGCCUGCAAUGGCUGCGUCGCCUGGAUUGCUUGUAUCCCCUGCAUCCCCAGGAUCCCCCGCAUCCCCAGGAUCCCCGGCAUCCCUUGCAUCUCCUGCAUCCCCCACCUCACCCACCUCACCCACAUCACCUGUGUCUCCAUCUCCAGUAUCUCCGACAUCUCCGGCAUCACCAGCAUCGCCAGCAGCACCAGGUUCACCAGCAUCACCAGCAUUACGGACAAUGCCAGCAUCCCCUGCAUCCCCCGGCUCCCCUGGCUCCCCUCCAUCUCGUUCUGCCCCCGCGUCCCCUCGUUCUCCUGCGUCACCGGCAUGUCGUGCAUCUUCUGGGUCUCCUGCAACCCCUAUGUCUCCCGCGUCACAUGUGUCCCCUAUGCACCAUGCAUCCCCGUCAUCUCCUCAGUCCCCUGCGUCCCCUCUGUCGCCUGCAUCUCCUCGCUCGCCUGCACCACCUGCAUCGCCUGCACUACCUUCCUUGCAGGAGGAGAAGCAAGACAUUCAAAUGGCAGAUUGAAGUGGUGUGUUCUUAAGGCCCACAUUUUGGCAAGCCGGCGCCUUUUUGUUUCUCGUAUGUCUGCAUGAUGGUGAGUCUGCUUUUCGUCUCUUACCCCUACCAUUGCAUGUGUGUCCAGGGUUGCAAUGUCCUUGUUUUUCGCCGCUAAGUGCCACAUGGUCAGUGGUCCGAAUCCCUUGUCGCUCCACCCGUCUCGUUCCCUACCGGUCACUGGUGGGGUGGCUCUUCUGUGUUCUUUUGAGGUGCCGUGCCUGAUGGGCCUUUAGCAGGUUGAUGACAUGCAGUAGGGAAGUAGGCAUUGGUCUUGUGCAAGGCGCUUCAAAAGUUUUUGCAGUCUUCUGCCUGAUUUCCAACAGUGGCAAGCAUACAUGGCAUAGAGUGGGGAUGUAUGCUAUCUUGUGGUUGAGUCUCUUCAGGGAGUGGGCAUGCGUGGAGAGCAGUGUCUUGGGCAGACUGUGCGAUGGAAUCGCGGAUCAUAUUCGUUGUGUCCUCUUAGUUUGCCCAACUGCUUGCCGUGUACUUCCAGCAAUAUGCAAGGCAGGACAUUCUUCUGUUUUGCUGCUUUGAGCUCAGUCAGAGCCUGUCAAACUCUUCUUUCGCCAGGAGCGCACAAGGCCAAUAUAGCAGCCAGGGAAUUUGGUGAUCUGUUUUGUUGUCUACAAGGGGGCACAACUGGAAAGUGUAUUUUGUGGGAGGUGGUUUCAUUUUUCAUCAGCUUAUUGGGAAGGCGUAUGUUUAUUGAUGUGCAAACAGACAGACUGGGGGACGUAGAUUGGCAGAAGAGAGAGCUUGUAUUACGGAAUGUUGUCUGGGAUAUGAGUGCCAAUUGGAACUUACGCCGUUUGGCUUCGCAGCGUUCUUUCAAAUCAAGGUUCUGUGUGUGCAUACCGCCACGGUAUUGCAGCGUGCAUAUUGUUGCUCGCCAUGUACUCCAAAGCAGAAUGAAAGAACCGAAAGAAAACGAGCCAAGGUGUGGAUGCUGGGGAAGAUGGCACUGACGACAAGGACAUUAGUUAGUGUUGGGAAGCUUAAGCUGUAUCGCGGGGCUCUGAUGUUGAUGUGAAGAAAGUGCAUGUGAGGUACGUUACAUAGGAGUUCAGUUCAACUGGUGGUCAUACUUACGGGAGGCGGGCGAGGUACGUUACAUAGGCGUUCAGUUCACCUGGUGGUCAUACUUACGGGAGGCGGGCGGGGACGUUGGCUUAAGCCAAGAACUUUGUUUUGUUCAUAUUGGAGCACUGCGAUUGUGCAUCCGUGUCAAGGAUUGGAUGCUGUGAGACGACGCCUCCUCUGAUCUGCUGUGGGUGCUGUCUGGCCUUUUGCUCUCAGGAAACUUUUGUUUGUGGUAGGGGCGUGGGCCGACGAGAGAGGGUUGACGGAGGGCUGACAAUCUGCUGUUUUCGCCGGCAAUUUGGGUGCAAAAUUCAGCGAAAUUUUUAAAAACAAAUGAAAUAAACUCAG